UGUGUGGAGGGUUAUCGUUUGGGAGAUACAUCAGAUAAUGGUAUGACUUUAAUCUACAUUAGAAGUACGGUCCAAUCGGCUGCUCUCCUGUAUAAACCGUAAUGAAUUUCACUGCUGGAAUGGAGAAUUUCAGCCUCACCACCACAAAUGACUCAGACAAACUGUGUUAUCCAGCUGACUACCCCGAGGAGAGGAAACCCUUUUUCUUUCUGUACCUGGUCAUCAUUAUCAUCGGGAUUCCAUCCAACUCCUUCUCCCUCUAUGUGUCCUGGCAGCACAUCAGACAGAGGAACGAGCUGGGUGUUUAUCUGUUUAACCUGGCCCUGUCUGACCUCCUAUUCACCAUAGGUCUGUCUCUGUGGGUGGACUUGCAUUGGCGCGGUGUCUGGCUUCGCGGGGAGGCUGUGUGCGUCAUCUCUGUCAUCCUCCUCUUUACAAACUUCUACACCAGUGAUGGGCUGCUUUGCUGUAUCGCCCUGGACCGUUACCUAGCUGUGGUCCACCCGCUGAAAUACCCAGUCCUGAGAAGGCUGAACACGGCCAUUGUGAUCAGCGUGGCUAUCUGGGUGCUGGUGAUCUCCUUCAACGCGGCCACAAUCACCUGGAUAGACUCGUACGACUUGGAGGUCUUCGACAUGUACCCUCUGAGGGACAGGCUGGUGCAGGUCAACUUGACUCGCUUUGUCCUGGGUUUCCUGUUUCCUGUCCUGCUGGUGUCGUUCUGCUGCCGGGGCAUCUGUGUAGCGGUCCGCUCCAACCGGGCCACAGAGGAGCGGGAGAGGAGACGGGUGUCAAGACUCCUGGGGGUGGUGCUGCUCACCCUGGGGCUCUGCUACGGACCCAUCCACGUUAUUAUGCUCCUGUGGGAUCUUCUGGAGCACUGUCGGAGACCCUCCUGGCUUUUCCUGCCUUAUAAGAUCAGCAUGGCCAUGUCAGCCCUAAACAGCCUGGCUGACCCCUUCCUCUACUGUUUCAUCACCAGACUGGGCAAGGCCAACGUCACACAGGUGGUACACUUCCUCCAGGGGAGGAGAGAGGGGACCGGUCAGGAGGUGGUGUAGUGCAGUGAUACUCAACCACAAACCAGAACAUUGGAGGAGUUAAGAGAGACUCAUACUGUUUUGUGAGUGACAAAUAUUGACUCGUGCUUUGUCAAGACUCCAUUUCAAAAUGUAUUAUGUGAAGGACUGUUAGAUUAUACCAACGUGGAUACAUACUGUGCUGUGGUUUGGAUCAUCGUGCCAGGCUAUCACUACUCUGGAUAAGAGCGUCUGCUAAAUGACUUAAAUGUAAAUGUACUAAGACGUGUUUUUCUGAAAGGAACCGUUCAAGGCUAAUGUGACUGCGUUCAUCCCUCCUCGUGACACUACAGAAGGAUGAACUUCAUUCCACUUUCACUUCAGGUUUUGUCUUGCUGUUAAUGCAUUUACAGACUGGUGUUUCAGAGGAGUGUACUAAUAGCACCAAAAAUAGAACUUGACCACAUUACUCGGUCAGCAUUCUUAUUGGACCAAAUCCUUGUCAUAACUGUCAACCUUCAUGAUGUGCCAGUGUUUUUGCUUAUUCAUGUCAAAUGUAACACUGGCAGUAGAGCAGCAAGUAAACUGUGGUAUCGGAAGCCAUCAAGUAGCAGCAUUGGGAAAGCAGUGGGAUCUCUAUUUGUAUGUAUUUGGCACCCUCUUCUUGUCUAUAUGUGCAGCCACAACACACUGGAGGCAAAGACUCUAAAACAAGGUAAACUGCCUGACAGCUGCUAUCAACCAGAAUCAUGUCAUUUAAUCUGGAUGAUAUACUGUCCCACAGGUUAUAAAUUGGCAUUUUAUUUGCCCCGAGGAUAUCCUCAUACAUUGUAGUGGCCGUGACCCCACUUGCCGAGGGUGUCUCAGGGGGAGUUGGGAUAUGCAAAAAACACAUUUCCAUUUCAGACAUGAGUAUAAUACACACUUGAAGCACCCACCAAAUGAGUAUUAUAGUGGCAUUGUGGUCCACUAUAAGGCCACUAUCAUCUUGGUAUACACUGAGUGUACAAAUCAUUAAGGACACCUCCUCUUUCCAUGACAUAAACUGUCCAGGUGAAUGCAGGUGAAUGCUAUGAUCCCUUAUUAAUGUCACUUAUUAAAUCCACUUCAAUCAGUGUGGAUGAAGAGGAGGAGACCGGUUAAAGAAGUAUUUUUAUCCCUUGAAACAACUGAGACAUGGAUUGUGUUCAGUGGCAAGAAAAGUAUGUGAACCCUUUGAAAUUACCUGGAUUUCUGCAUAAAUUAGUCAUAAAAUUUGAUCUGAUCUUCAUCUUAGUCACAACCAUAGACGAACAGUGUGCUUAAACUAAUAACCCACA